GUGUGUUCAAAUCACAAACGUGUUCAAAUCCAAGGAAAGGGGUUCCAGGUUCCAAGAUACAAAUAACCGGCCACCGAAUGGCCGAACCCCGUCGCCGUUUCCGCAACAAGAAGCGCGAUGACUCCUCCGCCGGCCUCCUGGCGCCGGUGACCAUUGCCCGUCGCGAGGACGCCCGCAUGGUGCAGCCGAAGAUUCUGCUGAAGAAGGAUCGCGACCGGGACAGGGAGUGGGACAGGGACAGGGAGAGGGAGAGGGACAGAGAUCGGGAGGCGGAGCGGGACAAGGAGAAGGACAAGGAGACGGAGGCGACUCCCGGCUGCUAUCCCGAUGCCCCGGCGGCCAUCAAGACGAUCAUCAUCAAUCGGACGAGCGAGGUGCGAUGUCCGAUGGGCAUAACAGGAAUAGGAGGAGCAGGAGGAGCAGGAGGCGUAUCAUCCGGAGGCGCUCCCCUCCCAGCCACCCUGCCCUCCGGCUCCGUUUGCGCGGCAUUGGUUAGCUCGGCUUCGAAUGGCCGGGAAAAAGGAACCACCACCGCUCCACCCAAUCCCCUCCAGGAGCUGCAGCCGCCGCGGAUGAACCGCCCCACGCCGCUGAUCGUGGCCAACGGGAUCUUCAAUGCCAAUGCCCGCAAGCUGUUCCACAAAACCAACACGGACUUCACCGUCAUCGGCGUUCUGGGUGGCCAGUGCUCGGGGAAGAGCACGCUGCUCAAUCUUUUGGCCACGGAGCGGCCCCUGGACUACGACUACUACCAGCAUCUGCUCUCUCCCGAGGCGGAUGAGUGCAUCUUUGCCACGCGGCACAAGGCGAAGCCGAACAAUAAUAAUAAUAGUAAAAUGCGUCCGCGCACCGAAACGCUGCAGUUCUUCAUCACGCGCGAGCGUCACAUCCUCCUGGACACGCCGCCUCUGCUGCCGGUGGGCAAGGAGCCGGAUCACCAGGACCUGCACUCCCUCGCCGCCAUGGCGCAGCUGCUGAGCGUGUGCCAUGUGCUCAUCCUGGCCAUCGACGGCCUGGCCGUGGAGCAGCUGCGUCUGUUGAACGCCGCUUUGCGCCUGCGUCCGACUUUUCCCUGCAAGGGCUAUGUGCGUGAUCAUCUGCCGCAGGUGCUGUUCGUGCGCAAUCGCGCCCAGCGGCUGGACUUUGAGCCGCAGCAGCGCGAGCGGCUGGACAGGAAGCUGGCGUAUCUGUACGGAGCCACCGGACUGCCCAUUUACCGGGGCAAAGGCGAGGCGCGCUCACUAAACACCUUCCUGCUGCCCGAGGUGAGCGGCAACGGAGCCACCGCCUUCCAUCCCGGCCUGGGCGAGCUAGUGCGUCAAUUUCGCGAGCGCGUGCUGGGCGCCACUCGCAUCUCCAUGUGCCACACCAGCACCGAACUGAGCGAGGCCAUCUGGUUCGAGAUCCUCGCCGAGAGCGCCCGCAAGGGAGCGCCGCACUUCGAGAAGAUCUAUGCGGAGAUCAAGCUGCGCCACCUGGACACGCGAUGCCAGUGGCGGGCGGACAACUGGCGCACCUUCUCCGCAGGCGCAGAGAGCUGAUCCAAGGAUGAUCUGCGAUUCGGAGGACUUCUAGUGAUUAAAGUUCCAAUAUCAAUGCGCUGGCCUCUCGUUUUACUAAACAUUUGUACAGAAACAGACAGCGGCGUUGGGGGUCGAAACGAGUCCAUUUUCGAACGAGUUGUUCAAAGUUAACACUUGUAUGACUGAUAUACACAUUGUUUUGCAGAUAUAUCAUACAUAUCCAUCAUUAAAUAAAAGACUCUCCAAAGGGAAUAAGUUUUCCGUUGAAAUUCAACGUUUAGCAUUCAACAUUGGUGCUUUGUUCUUUGUUUCUAUCAAAUCGAAUCGAUCAAUAAUACAGCUUUUGAGUUGGCAAAUUGGUAAAUUUGUAAACUAAGGCCACUGUAAAUGAACAAAUAAACAUUAGUUAUUUAUACUUAA